AUGUCUGGUAUCCUCAACGAAGCUGCGACGCCGUGUCCGUCGCGGUCGAGGACCUCGAGGUUCAGCGAACGGAAUAGCGGGAGCGACACAUUGGAGACCUUGUGGGACGACGACUCGGGCGUGGAGCAUACUGGGGAAAUCGAGUUCACCACCGAAGUGCGUGCACCUGUUUUGACAGGCGCGCGACCGCGACGUGCCAACAGGACCGUUUCGGGGUUUCAAAUCCACCACGACACUGACGAGAAGCCGCGGGGUCCUGCCGAGAAACGGCGAAGACCUAAUGAAUUGCCUCGGCCGCCCUCAGAUGGCAAAUCAUCUCUGCUGUCUCAGCCAGCUCAGCGGUUUCGCCCAAAAGUCAACUUUGCUCUCAGCCCGCCAUCCCGAUCUAUGAAACAAGAGACAGAAACACAGCCGAGAGCCGGCAGAGUUGAAAGAAAGUCAAAUGAAUUUUGCCGACCCAGCGAAACCCGAGGCAAGGAAUCGGACCCGCAAGAUCGAGAACAGGCUCCGAAGAAGGAUAUGAGACGCAACACUGUGUAUAUUCCGCCAGAUGACACUACCGUGGCCAGCGUUUUCAUGGGGCUCUUUAGUCCCCUCAAAAAGCAACCUGGGAGCGCCAUACCUCAGGAUUUGGAGGAUACUCAGACCAACACUUUGGAAGCACAAAUCGCAAAACGGCAAGCGAGAAAGUCGCUCGCAGUUUCUGCAAAGAGAGCUCCGCUGCAGCCAAGUUCCAAGAUUUCCCAGGAGGCUGCGAUAAGAAUGGAUAUUGCUGGCAAAAACGGUGGAAAGGAAAACAUCCCCCCUGGAACCCUUAUUGGUGACAAGAGCAGGGCCACAAAUCCUAUUCUUCUGUCCAAAUCCAACCGGGGAAAUGCUGUAUCCGAGUCAAACCCAGUCCGUCGAAAAGCCACGUUUCAGCCCACGAAAUCUGUUGUCCAACCAGCGAGACAGCAACGGGCACGAUCAGUGCUAGGAGAGAAGCAACGCAAUGCUGGACCUUCGUCCGCUUGCUCUAAUCAACAGAAGGCAAUGCCCACAAAGCCCAAGGAGCCAGUGAGAAACACUUCCACCCUGAAUGCUCGUGCCUCUGCUCUUUCAAACCGCUCAAGCCAAUCUGGACCGAGCCGAGCAUCAAAAAUUGGAAACAUGCCCUCGAAGCUGAACCAUCUCAACCACGAAUAUCCGCCGCUGACGGAGGACAUCUCAAACCCUUCUCUCUACGAAGACAAUUGGCUAUCUCAUCAGGAGACUGUCAUAACUCAAUUGGUCAACGCAUUGUUCGAAUGUACAGACGGCCAUUUGACGGCCUAUGACCCCAAUACCCUUCGACUUGGGUUGCUGGGAUUGUACCACACCGAUUACUUCACUCUUCUCUACCGACGAAUCCAGGCUUCCUUGACCUGUGGGACUUUGAGCAUCCCAAAGGAUAUCCUUGCCCGACACAAUCGGGCCAAACAAGACGUCGGCCUACGACGGAAGUUUUUGGAUAUUUGGAUUCAGUCGUACGAUCGCCGCGCAUUGGUGGCAGCCGCAGAAACCAUUGUGGGCAGAAGAGUCUCAAAUGAUUCAAAUCUUUUUGGAAUGAGUAUCCAAACUUCCCAAGAGAGCGCAGCUAGACGCGAGAAGUCUGUUCUCAGAAAGCUGGAAGGUUUCUUGGAUACUUUCUUGCUGCGCAAUGAAGACAUUGACCACAUCACGGCCGAGGUCAAAGACACGCCAGCGGAGGAAUUAGCCAAGGCUUAUCGCCGUACCGUGCUUCGGAGUAUCAUGUUGGUUGUUCUUUUGGAUCAAGGAAGACAGAACCCUGGAAUUGGCGUUCCCCGCCGACUUUUUGCUUCAACAUCGCCCUUCAAAUCCUCCGCGGAGGUUCUCCAGGCUCUAGCUCGAGUGCUACUGCCAUCUUGUGGCGAUAUCACGAAGCCACUGGGUCAUCUUGACUGCCACCUGUCCUACCAGCAGCACCGACUGCAAGAGUACAAUUACCAGAUUGACAACAUUGCCAUUGAUCUAAGAGAUGGUGUGCGGCUAACGCGAAUUGUCGAGGUGCUCUUCUUCGCCCCAGAGCGCGGGCGGUCUAGCCUGGAGGAUCAAACCGAAGUCUCUUUGUGCACGGGCGGAGUUCUUCCUCUUGGAGACGAAAUAGACCUGCCGCUGUCCAAGCAUUUGAAGUUUCCAUGCACGAGCCGCGCAGCGAAGGUAUUCAAUGUACAAAUUGCCCUUGGUGCCUUGAGCUCUGUCAAGGGAUUCAGAGCCACGGUUGGUGACUUGCGGGCUGAACACAUUGUGGACGGCUAUCGGGAGAAGACCAUCGCUCUUUUGUGGUCUCUUGUCAGCAAAUGGGGCCUUGCGGGCCUAGUUGACUGGGGUGAUCUGCGCAAGGACAUUUCGCGAUUGAAAUGCAAAGCCGUUUCUCAGUUCGGUUAUGAACAUAUAAAGGACGAGACAUGGUUCGCUGACGUGGAUUCCAUUGACGACGAACACUCCCAACUCCUUCAACAGUGGGCUGCAGUCCUGGCCGCAUUAAAGGGUCUGCAAAUCCGCAACAUGACCACCAGCUUCGCCGACGGGAGAAUCUAUGAGAGUGUGGUCGAUGAGUACGAGCCAUACAUCACGGGGAAUUUCAAUCGAGUCGGCGAGGUGACAGAUAAGAAACCCACUUCUUUGUCCCUGGAGUCACGCCUGCGGGUGUUAGGGUGCAGUUCUCAGUUCGCACACCUUGUUUCCCCAAGCCCCGCCUCCUCUCAUAUCCUCAACCAGGACUUUACGCUGGCAGCGCUCGCUUUCCUCUGUUCCCGACUGCUUUCCGCAUCAAAGCGCCCUCGUGCCGCGACCACACUGCAACGUGCCUGGCGAGCUUGUCUGAGAGAACGAGACCACGACCGGCGGGCUAUGGCGAAGAACCUUGCCGUCCACUGUGCCGCCGUUGUGCAAACCAGAAACGAAAUAUUGUGGGCCAAGGAGGUGAUUGUUCGGUGGUGGAGAAAGAUCCAGGCUCGCAAGGAGCAAGAGCAAGCCACACGAUAUCGGACAUUCCGAAGCCUCGAUCGCCAGGGCCGCAAGACUUUUGGACGUCGAGUCUAA